AUGGCCCUCAAUCGCUCCGUCAAGUUGAACUCAGGAUACAGCAUUCCAGUGGUUGGUUUAGGGACGUGGCAAUCAAAACCAAAUGAAGUCAAGGAGGCUGUUGCACAUGCACUGAAAACAGGAUACCGCCAUAUCGAUGCAGCAGCUGUAUACGGGAACGAAACGGAAGUGGGAGAAGGAAUCAAAGCAUCAGGGGUAGACAGGAAAGACAUAUUUGUUACGGGCAAAUUGUGGAAUACAGAUCACAAGCCUGAAGAUGUUGAAGCCGCGCUCGAUUCAUCUUUACGAGACCUUCAGACUGAUUAUCUUGACCUUUAUCUGAUCCACUGGCCAGUUGCUUUUCCGCAGUCCAAGGAACGAUUUCCGGUUGACCCCAAAACAGAGGAGAUCAUCGUAAUCGAUGUUCCAAUUAAAGAUACGUGGGCAGCCUUGGAAGACCUUGUCGAAAAAGGAAAGAUUAGAAGUAUCGGAGUUAGCAACUUCACCAGAGAGAAGGUCGAAGCUCUGUUAGAAACUGCAAAAAUUCCGCCGGCAGUCAAUCAGAUUGAGGCACACCCUUAUUUGCAACAACCGGACUUGUUGAAUUGGCACAAGUCCCAGAAUAUCGCAGUGGCCGCCUACAGUCCUCUUGGAAACAAUAUUUACAACUUGCCAAGAGGCGUAGAUGACCCCACGGUGAUCUCCCUCGCGAAAAGUUUGGGAAAGCAGCCAGCGCAACUACUUAUCAGCUGGGCUGUUCAGAGAGGCACUAUUGUUCUUCCAAAAUCCGUUACACCAGAGCGUAUAAACGAUAAUUUCCAAGACUUUGAAUUGCCAGGUGAUGCGUUCCGGAAGAUAUGUUCUUUGGACCGAAACCAUCGAUAUAAUUUCCCAGCACGGCUCGGAGUGGAUAUCUUUGGCGAGGUCAGCCCAGAAAGUUUGAGAAAGAGUGUCGAAGAUUGGAAAGAAUCUCAAAGGAAGUUGCGCGCCGCAUGA